AGCCGUGAAGUCGUGUCUGAUGUGCGAAGCUUCUCUGUGCGACGUCCACCUGAAAGUCCACAGCAAGUCGCCCGAGCACAUCCUCCUGGAGCCCACCGCUCACUUAGCCAACCGCAAAUGCUCCGCCCACAAGAAGAUCCUGGAGUAUUACUGCACGGAGGACCAUACCUGCAUCUGCGUGUCCUGCCUGCUCUUCGGGGCCCACCAGGGCCACCACGUGGAAACGUUUGACGCCGUCUCCGGCAAGAAGAAGGAGCGGCUGAGGCAUCUCCUGGAAAGCUGGACCUCAAAGAGCGAGGAGACCGAGAAAAGGGUCAAGAGCGGGCAGGAGCGCAAGAAGGAGGCUCACGGGAAAGCAGCCGAGGUGACGGACAGAGUCGCCGCCCUGUUCAGAGACAUCCGCAGGCAGGUGGACACCUUAGAAAAGAGAGUCCUGGCUGAGAUCUCCAGGCAGGAGGAGCAGGUCUCUCUCUCGGUCUCCAGCCUGGUCCAGCAGAUGGAGGUGAAGAAGGAGGAGCUGUCCAGCAAGAUCCAGCACCUGGAGGAGCUGUGCAAUAUGGCGGAUUCCUUCAUGGUCAUACAAGAGGAGGAGUCGGAGAGCGACGCGUUUCGCGGCGUGGCGGAAGCAGAGAACGACAGCAGGGAGAGAUAUUACAAACAGAUAUGGAAGCGAGGCCUGGACGAGGGGCUGAUCUCCGUCACCCUACACACAGGUCUGUCCAGUAUAGUGACCAACGUGAGGAAAAGGAUCAAUCUGCAGGGGACGACAGACAUAUUACUGGACAUGAACAGCGCCGGGAACGACGUACACAUAUCCGGAGACCUGAAAACAGCAACCUGGUCACACGUGGACCAGGACCGCUCCGAUAUGCCGGGGAGGUUCCAGUAUGAUCAAGUCCUGAGCACAAGAAGCUUCUCUGCUGGGCGACAUUACUGGGAGGUGGAGACCAGCGAUUCCGGGGUGUGGUUCCUAGGGGUGAGUUACCCUACUAUUAACAGGAAGGGGCGCCAGUCAUGGAUCGGGGAUAACGACAAGUCUUGGUGUCUGCGGAGAUACGAUAAUGUCCAAUAUUCCGUCAUACAUGACGGCAAGUGGAUCCAGUUACCCCACACGGUUUCCUGCCAGUUACUGGGGAUCUACCUGGAUUACGAGGCCGGGCAACUGUCCUUCUAUGAGCUAUGUGACCCCAUCCGGCACCUCCACACCUUCUCCGCCACCUUCAUCGAGCCCCUCCACGCUGCCUUCAGUGUCUACAAGUCCUGGGUACGGAUCAGAAGUUAGAG